AUGCAUAGAAUCAGUGAAAAGCCUGGACAAUCGCAUACCAAUGGAGGAAGGGGUCAACGGAAAUCUCCAGAUAUGAUUGUAUGUCAGACCAACAUCACUACAUCACGCUUCUUGAAUUUAUUUUAUGUUAGUAUAUUUUCAAUGGAUGUGGAUGUGUUUCGCAAACUAGGUACAAAUCUCCAGAUUAGAUCUAUAUAA